UUCUUUCCAAUCUCGUCCCCGGAGGCACUUGCCAUUUUAGAAUCAAGGCCGACGGCGAAGAAAACUAUCAAUUUAGCGCUAGCAGCUUUGACAUCUGGCAACAAACAUGGGGACGAGGAUGACUUUCUUUUCAGAUGUUCUGAUUAAUGUGAAACAAGAUCAACCAAAAAUCAUGAGAUACGCUUUCACCGUCUUGUUCUUCUCCUCGGUUAUUUAUUCCGUGUACUCCAUGUCACUUAAGGAGUACUGCAAUGGUAAAGAUAAAUGUCCAGAAUUCUCCGUGACAAAGGGUAGUGCAACAGAAGAUUACGAAGAACGAUGUUAUGAGAAAUCGACAUGGAUAACUGCUUCGUACAAUAAUCAAGAUGAAAAAACUCUCAAGACACUGUAUUUGAACUUGAACCGAUAUAUGGUGCGAAUAAAAAGGCGCCGAAAAAACCCUGUCCUUCUCGUCAUGCCAAUGACAGAGAAACCAGGCUUUCAAAAAUUAUCAAUGAAUUAUUUCAUCUCAAAUACACAUAAAGAUGUGAUAAAGCCUGCCCCGAUGAACAAAGAUGUUGUCAUCGAUCAACGGCCAGUCUCGUGUUACUACGUUUACAAGGCUAAAGGAAAGAAGAAAAACUUGGAGGAGCAACUGAAUGCGUUAAAGGAAGCUUUAAAGAAGGCUGACAAGUACACGAGCGAUGUUAAUUUCUACUACGUAAACACCUACAGCAAGAAAGUUGGCGCCAAAUUGCACAAACUUAUUGAAGUUAUGUUGAAGAAGUACUAAAGUAGCAUUAAAUGAGUGACUUAAUCAUUAUAAUCGGUUUAAAAUAAUUUCCAUUGUUGUAGCAGUUCAUAACUUAGUUACCAUUGCGUUCAGAUGCGUCGUAUGAUAUCAUAAUUUUUUAGUGCGAACAAAACAAAAAAAGCUUUGCGAACUGGGUUAAAAUUUUUAGGUGAAAUAAGAUACAAGAAAUGUAUUUUGAGAACAUAGCGACGGUUAGCACAAUAUUUUGUAAAGCUACGCGAAGUAGUUUAAUGAUAAUGAUGAUAUUUUAUUUUAUUUUGUCUGUGUUCAUGUAUACCAAUAUUCCAAAUUUUAAAGAAGACGGCAUACGUUUUCUUAAUUACAUGAUCUUCAGGUUUGGCAAGAGUCCAUUAAAUUCUACACGUAUUAAUCUGUUUACUGAGAGCUGAAACCUUUAAGCAGACGAUUUUUUACGUAAUAUUCACAAAGUUCAAUUUCAUUUGUCAACAACAACGAUUGACUGCUUGAUCAGACGACAAAUUUUUAAUAAUCCAAUUUUUGUGAUUAUAUAUUUGCAAAAAUCACAGCUAAAACCUUUUACACGUGACGUGAAACCUACUUGUAUCCCCCAAUUAGGCUGGCUGCAAAAAAAAAAAAAAAAUGGUUCACUCGAAAUACUAAAAAGAAAAAACGGAAAAGGGAAAAGAGAGAAGAAAAGAACGAAUUUGGAAAUAAAUUUGUGCAAAAUUUGAUUGGAGACAAAUUGUAUAUAGUUUAUUCAAGAGCACAUUUUUUGUUUUGUUUUUUUGAAUUUUUAUGUAACGAAUAAUUAUAUGUAAUAAUUUAUAAAGCUUUCUCAGUUUGAGAAAUUUUGUAAGCAUUUAUUCUUGACCUCAGAGCUCUUUGGAGAUAAAUCUCGAGGCUUUAACCUCAAAGAGCUCUAAGGACGAGAACGAUAAGACGUUUUUUAAAGCACGGAAUAUUUAAAAAAUAAAAUAAAAAAAUUUAUUUCUUUAUAAAA